CUCAAAGAUGGCGGACGAGGCAACGAUAGUGAGGGUUAGUGGCUUUAGGUGGUAGAGGAGUUGGAAAGGAAAAGAGCACGGACAUUGUAUUGUAUAACAUCAGUGCUAAAAAGCAAGGAAGGCAUGGUUGCUUUGUCCGUCCUCAACAUCCUGAUGGUAUCUUUUGCUGCGGAUCUACUCUGACAAUCAGAACCUUCCAUGUAGCUUUCCGGAUGGACCUGUCGUCAUGCGAUGGUAAACCGUUGGCUUCGUCUGGAAAUAACACAGAAAACUGUGGUAUCCACCAGGGAAAAAUUCUCCUUGUUGAGCCGUUCUAUGGUGGAUCACACAAACAACUAGUUGAGUUGCUCAUCAAAGAAGUACCAGGAUGCCAGCUGUACUCUUUACCUGCGAAGAAAUGGCAUUGGAGAAUGAGAACAAGUGCACUUUAUUUUUACCAGAAUAUACCACGUGCUUGCAAAAGCACUUGCAAGGUGUUGUUUGCUAGUUCUGUCUUGAAUUUGGCAGAAUUGGUGGCAUUGAGACCAGAUCUUGUUCAUUUGAAGAAAGUUCUUUACUUCCAUGAAAAUCAGCUGAUUUAUCCAGUCAGGAAGCAACAAGAAAGAGACUUUCAGUAUGGAUAUAAUCAGAUUUUGUCAUGUCUUGUUGCUGAUGUAGUGGUGUUUAACUCACAGUUCAACAUGGAAUCAUUUUUAUCAUCCAUCAAAAGCUUUCUAAAACAAAUGCCAGACAAUCGACCUAAAGAAUUAGACCAAGUGAUCAGACCAAAAUGCAGGGUAGUGUACUUUCCUUUGAUGGAACCUGAAGUGAACAUAGAAGAAUACUCAGGUGCAAAAGGCGAUGAACUUGUUCAGCCAAUGGAAUCAAAAGUGUCCAGGCCCUUGCAUAUUGUGUGGGCUCACAGAUGGGAACAUGACAAAGGUCCCGAGUUGUUCUUCCAAACCCUGUAUCAGUUGGCUGAGCUAGGAUUGCAUUUCAAGGUUUCUGUGCUGGGAGAAACUUUCUCUGAAGUUCCAGGUGUUUUUGAAGAAGCUUGGACACGAAUCCAUGAUCAUAUUGUUCACUGGGGUUAUCAGGAAUCUCGCCAGGAAUAUAUCUCUAUACUAAAGGCUGCUGAUGUAGCAGUUUCCACUGCAGAGCAUGAGUUUUUUGGUGUAUCAAUGCUGGAGGCUGUGCAAUAUGGUUGUUAUCCACUUUGUCCAAACAAGUUGGUUUAUCCUGAAAUAUUUCCUUCACAGUAUUUGUACUCAACACCUCAACAGUUAUCCAAGAAGCUGCGAUACUUCUGUAGAAAUCCAAACAAAGUGAGAUUUCAUAAAGUCGCAGUAGAUUAUGAACGAUUUACGUGGGAAAAAGUAAAGGAUUCGUUCUAUAAACUCUUAUCACCAGUGGACCAACAUGUCAAUGAAACCCGAUGCUUAUCGUGCGAUAGUCUUGAAUCGUUGAAUCACCAGACACUUGGCGAUCCUUAUUAUUCGGAGAGAUGAUGGCACAUCAAUGUAUAUUUCUAUCAUGUCGUCAAAGCGAUCAGUUGCUUAAGUCUUGUUUAAAAAGACGAUACCCUUCUAGAAUGAAUGCUCUCAUUAACGCGAACUGAAUUCUGGGAGCCGUAUUUGAAUUCCACUCGAACUACGACCGAUCCACCACUGCUCUGAAGCAAGCAUACUCAAUUUGUCUUCGUUUCUAAUUUUUGUGAUGACAUCAUAAUAAAUAAUAAUAUUUAUUACACCGCA